AUGGAAACGUUGCAAGAGCCUAAGCUUCCUGCGCCCACAUCGGAGCCACCCACGACUACCUUUUUGAAGUUACCACCAGAGAUCUGCAACAACAUCGUUGCCAAACUUUCACCGUCUUCUCAAAUCUGCCUCAGCCUGACAUGCAAGGAGCUUUACAAGGUCUACUUUAUCGGGAAGAAAUAUCUCAACGGAGCACUCAACGUCACACACAACGUGCUUCACCUGCUGGAGAGGGACCUUCCAGGCUACUACUUCUGUAGCAGCUGCAUCAAACUUCACAGAUGGAAGCUUCGACGUGAUGGCACAGUCAGAUUCAUUGAUCAGUGCAAACAGGGCCCCGAACGGACCGUAUUCAAUCUGCCCUCACGGAUGAACAUCAGAUAUCGGCUGGAUUGGCGCAUUGUCAGGCUUGCGCACUUGCAUCAGAUGUACGGCCAGGAACACGGUGUGCCGCUUUCUUAUCUCGAGAAAAGCAGUCGUACAAAACUUUCACUCGGAAAUCGCUACGUCGAGAAAUGUCGCAGAGCCCUGCUUCACGAGCAUUGGGAGGCCAAGUUCGUCAAAGGAGAUCUGCUCCUGCGUACGACCUACACUCUGACGAGCAUUGAUCGCGCCGAUGAGCCUUGGAAGGAGAUUAUGGAUUUCCUCUCGAAUGAAGUGGAUGGUGACCUUUACUUGAAGGACAUAAACCUCAUUUGCUCCGAGUUCGCCCUCAUGGGUCCUUUUGAGCUAGCAAGUUUCGACUUUGAGGAUCCUGCCGCGGAGGGACCUGUGUAUUUCUCGUGCCGCUGCGAAGGCUAUGAAGCUAACCGGAAACACGAGCGGCUUAGGUGCUGGACAUUUUACGAAGCAAGCAGAAUGCGAGAUGCAGACACCGGCGGAUGGAAGUAUGUCCUCGUGGCGUUUCGGACUCUUUCUUCAAAGCGGAAAUCCGACAGGCAUUCUGACGUGGCCCUUUGUGGAUGGGAUGACCUUGAGUUCAAGCCCGGUGGGAUAAAUCUAUGGGAGGACGAUCAUCGAUGA